CGUGAAUGGAUACCUUGUCAGGUUAAUAUUCAAAUCAAACGGUUGGUUUUUAAAAUGGCGGUAACAGUUUUGUGGCUACUUUCAAUGGCUGUUACAAUGGUUAUUGGUCAAACUGUUCAGCAAAAUGAAAUGAUACGCCAACAUAGCUGCCACAAGGGAGACAUGAUCCUGAACGACUGCAACUGGUGUCGCUGCAAAGGCAGCGCGUUCCUGUGUGAGGCCCGGAGCUGUAACCUGGUAGACAUGUUUGGACAUUUUAAUGAUGCCAUUCGAGAUAUCAACGUAGGCAUGGAGGGUCACGGCGCGUGGCGCUCGAGUGAUACGGCCUGCGAGCCGCUCGUGCACUACCGUCGCGGCUCCGUGCUGUGCGUCUGCGGCGAGGACGGCGCCUGGCCCAACCCCGUCUGCCGCGACGUCUUCCAAGUGCUCCACGCCGUCGAGAAAGCCAAGGAGGAAACUUGCGAACCCAUGAAACUAUACCUCCAAGGGUGUAACGUCUGCUUCUGUCCCAGCACCGGCCAGCUAGAUCACGAGCUAUGCACCAACAAACAGUGCGACGAAAACGACCCAGUCAUAAAAGAACCGUCUACAGCAUUAGACGAACCUGUAGACGUGUACGCCGAGUGCACGGUGGAUCAGAAAUACCAACUAGACUGCCAAACCUGCACUUGUCUAAGAAACAACAGGCUGCUGUGCGGAAAUUGCACGGACACUAGAGUCGAAGAUCUUUAUUACUGCACUUCCAAUCCUCCCAAUACGAUAUUCAAUGUCGAUUGCAAUUUAUGCUUCUGCAAUACUGAAGGUCGAAUGAUAUGCUCGGCAAAACGUUGUCUUGGAAAUGUGAGUGCGUCAACUAGAAGGCGCCAAAUGGACAUAGAUGAACGCUAUUUUGAGUUAGUAGAACGUCCUGUAGCUCUCCACACUUGCAGGGUUGGGACUAAAUAUACAAAAGGCUGCAACACUUGCGUUUGCUUGGAGGCUGAAUCUGGGAAAACUAUGUUCGCAUGCACGGUGAGACCUUGUAAGAAAGAAGAGUCUUUAAUUAGAACUAUAAGGGAAGGCUGCGUUCUACAUACGUCUUACGAAUUGAAUUGUUUGCAGUGUUCCUGCGUUAGGUCUAAUGACGAGAAAUGGCAGUGGUGCGAGACUGGAAGCAUAUGCUCGAACGUGAGAAGUGAGUCUACCGAGUUAAGCUCCAUGCACGGUUACUGCGAGCCGUUGCAUAAUUACAUGAAUGACUGCAACAAUUGCCAAUGCCUCUCCGACAGCCAGACAGUAAUGUGUUCGGACAUGAAAUGCGAUAAGGCGAGAAUUUCUGUGGAGAUAAUUCCGAUGCUGCAGCACGGCUACAACUGCCCGAAGGGAACGGCUUACAAGGUCGACUGUAACAUUUGUUACUGCAUGCUUAACGGAAAUUCUUUGUGUACAACGCUGGAUUGUACGAAAGAAAAAGGUGUGAAGGAAUAGUUAAGCUUAAUUUUAAGAAUAAAGUUUCGAAUGAUU